AUGUCUUACAAGAUUCCGCUGUCUGAGCCCAUCGCCAUCGUUGGCAGCGGCUGCCGCUUUACGGGCGAAGCCACCUCCCCCGCCAAGCUGUGGGAGCUUCUGAAGCAUCCCAAGGAUCUUACGCGCGAAGUCCCCAAGGAGCGCUUCAACGUCGACGGCUUUUAUCACCCGGAUGGCGAAUAUCACGGCACCACCAAUUCGGCCAAGGCCUACUUCCUCGAGCAGGACCAUCGUCUUUUUGAUGCCAGCUUCUUCAACAUCACACCCAAGGAGGCUGAGGCCAUUGAUCCCCAGCAGCGCAUGCUUCUCGAGGUCGUGUACGAGGCUCUCGAGUCUGCUGGUUACUCCCUCCAGGACUACUCCGGCAAGAAGGUCGCCGUCUUCGCCGGUGUCAUGACGGCCGAUUACGACACCCUCUCCCAGCGCGACGAUCUUUCGGUCAGCCAGUACUACGCCACUGGCAACGCUCGCUCCAUCAUCUCGAACCGUGUUUCGUACUUCUUCAACUUCCACGGUCCUUCCAUGACCAUCGACACUGCCUGCUCGUCCAGUCUUGUCGCCCUCCACCAGGCUGUUCUCUCUCUUCGCUCGGGUGAGGCUGAGAUGGCUUGUGUUUCAGGUGUCAACCUGAUUCUCACCCCUGAGCAGUUCGUCGUCGAGUCGAGCUUGCACAUGCUCAGUCCCACUGGCCGCUGCCACAUGUGGGACGAUCGCGCCGACGGUUAUGCACGUGGCGAGGGUGUUGCUGCGAUGUUCAUCAAGCCUCUAAGCAAGGCUUUGGCUGACGGCGAUCGCAUCGAGGCGAUCAUUCGCGAGACCGGCGUCAACUCAGACGGCCGCAGCCAGGGCAUCACCAUGCCUAACUGGGAGGCACAGUCGACACUCAUCCAAGACACUUAUCGUCGCUCGGGCUUGAACGCCAAGGACCCUCUUGAUCGUUGCCAAUUCUUCGAGGCCCAUGGUACCGGCACUGCUGCUGGUGAUCCCAAUGAGGCUAGGGCCAUUGAGGAUGCUUUUUUCGGCCGUAACGUCAGCACCGCGGGCCAAGACACGGCCGAAGUGUCAAAGCUGCUUGUGGGCUCCGUCAAGACCGUCAUCGGUCACACCGAAGGUGCCGCUGGAUUGGCCGGUCUCUUCAAGGUGGUUCAUGCUAUGAACAACGGCACUGUGCCCCCCAACCUGCACUUCAACAGACUUCAGCCCGCUGUUGCCAAGUACUACUCACAUCUUCAUGUGCCCACCAAGGCCAUGGCCUGGCCUUCUGUCCCGGCUGGCCAACCCAGGCGUGCCACUGUCAAUUCCUUCGGAUUCGGAGGAACCAACUCGACAGCAAUUUGCGAAAUGUACGUGCCGGAUAUUCAUGACCCGGUUGCCAAGAUCUUUGCACCGACCCUGGCUGUGCCCAAGCUCAUCGAUUCGGGCUCUCUCUCGACUGAUGGCCAGAUUCGUCUGCCGCUGGUUCUUUCUGCCAGCUCGCCUAGGUCUUUGGGCGCUGUUGCCAAGUGCUAUCGUGAUUUUCUCUUGCAGUACGCAUCGCUGCCUCUUGAGCAGGCGGCUUGGUAUGCUUACAAGCAUCGCACGGCAUUCCCUUACCGCACUGCGGUUACCGGCUCUACAAUGGACGACAUCAUGAAGGGUCUCGAUGCCUUGAUCACGAAGGCCGAUGCCGGAAAAGCGGCUACCAUCAGUGUCCGCGCUCGCCCUCAGGCCGACAUUCCGAAGAUCCUGGGUAUCUUCACCGGCCAAGGUGCGCAGUGGGCCACCAUGUCUCGUGGUUUGCUAGAGACUAGCAACGUUUAUGCCCAGUCCAUUCGCAAGCUCGAUGAUGUUCUUCAAGCCUGCCCUCAUCCGCCCGCAUGGUUCCUUGAACAGGAGAUCAUGGCCGAUGCAAGUCUCUCUAGAGUUGGGAAGGCGGCCAUCUCCCAGCCCCUCUGCACCGCGGUUCAAAUCGCCCUGAUCGAUCUCCUUGCUCACUUGGGCAUUACCUUCCACACCGUUGUCGGACAUUCUUCCGGCGAGAUCGCUGCGGCUUAUGCGGCUGGCAAACUGUCUGCUCGCGAUUCGAUCCUCAUCUCCUACUAUCGCGGCAAAUAUGCUCACCUCGCCAGCGGUGCUGAGGGCCAAUUGGGCGGCAUGAUGGCUGCAGGCCUCACCAAGGCAGAGGCUGAAGAGCUUUGUGCCAUGCCGGAGUUUGGCAACCGCGUUUGUGUUGCUGCCAGCAACGGACCCAGCAGUGUCACUCUGUCGGGUGAUCUUGACAUUGUGCAGAAGGUUCGUGAUCAUCUCGUGAGCGAGAAGAAGUUUGCGAGAAUGCUGCAGGUCGACACAGCUUAUCACUCGCCUCACAUGGUUCGGCCCGCUACCGAGUACAUCGAGGCUCUUAAGGCUUGCAACAUUGCUCCAUUGCAGGACGGCAACGGCAUUACCUGGGUGUCCAGCGUCUACGGCCACGGUGAUCCCACCGCUCAGGAGCUCGCGUCUUCCUAUUGGCACGAUAACAUGGUCAACGCAGUCCUUUUUUUCGAGGCUGUCAGCACUGCUCUCGAGGGACAAGGCCCCUUUGACUGCGCCAUUGAGGUGGGACCUCACGCUGCCCUGCGCGGCCCCGUUACUCAGACCAUGAAGGCCAACUCGGGAGAGGCCAUUAUCUACUCUGGUCUACUUGACAGGAAGCUCGACGAUCGCAUUGCCUUUGCAGACUUCCUGGGCUGGAUGUGGUCCAACUUUGCCUCAUCGUCGGCAAUGAUCCAAAAGUUCGUCCAGGACUCAGUUAUGCCCGAACUGAUUCAGCUUCGCUUUGAGCAGGGUCCUAACUAUCCUUGGGAUCACUCGCACACCUACUACCGCGAGUCUCGCGUUUCUCGCCAGUAUCACUUCAGGACUCACAAACCGCAUGAGCUCCUCGGCAUUCGCACCAGAGACGACAACGAGCAUGAGCUUAGAUGGCGUAACAUCAUGAAGUACGCAAAGCUUCCGUGGGCCCAGGGGCACAAAUUCCAAGGACAAGCGCUUCUUCCGGCUUCGGCCUAUUGCAUCAUGGUUUUGGAUGCUGCUCGCGUUCUUUUGGGUGAUCGCGCCGCUUCUGUCGUUGAGCUGCGCGACUUGAGGUUCAUGGCUGGUAUUACGCUUGAGCCGGAGUCUCCCGGUGUUGAGACACUGUUCUCUUUGGUCGUGUCCAACUCUACCAAGGAUGCGUCCACUAUCGAGGCCACUUUCACGCUUACCUCGGCGCCUGCCGACGGUAUUAUUGACAUGAAGCUCAACUUUAGCGGAAAGCUUCAUAUCCUCCUUGGAGAGAAGUCUCCCAGAGCACUCACUCAUCGUCCUGCGCAGCGUGCUGAGACCCUCUCCGCCCAACCUGAGGCGUUUUACAAGAUGAUGGCGGGCACUGGUCUGGAUUACCAAGGACCUUUUAAGGGAUUGACGGCGAUUGAGCGUCGCUACAAGUUUUCCUCUGGCAACGUUAAGAGGUUCCAUGCAGAUGACGAGACUGACUUGGACAUCAGCCCAGCCACUUUGGACAGCUGCUUGCAGACUGCCUUCCUCACUGUUUCUUCCCCCGGUGAUGGAUCCCUGUGGACGUCAUUCCUUCCCAAGGUGAUGAGUCGCGUGAAGUUCAACCUCGCUACCUGCCACAGCGGCGCUCGCGAUGAUGAGCUUGCUGUGGAUGCCUAUCUGACCCAAGGCACUCCUUUCUCAAAGACAGCUGCGGCCUCAUUCACGGCCGAGAUCAACAUCUACAACCCCAACAGCGAUUUGGAGAUUCAGAUUGAAGGACUUACUGUCGGUUCCUUCACGUCAACACGCCCCGAGAAUGAUAGGGAGCUCUACCUUACCACCAUCUACGAAUUGGAUCCUGAGGAUCAGAUCGUUUCUUCACCGCCGGAAGCCAUCAAUGGCGUGAGCCCUAUGCUCUUCGAGAGCUGUGCCAGGGUUGCCUCCUCAUACGUCGAGCGUGCCGCACUCGAGCGCUUUAGGGAGACGCCCAGGGAUCUGCUUGAGCCAGCCGGCUACCAGACCGAGACUCGCCUGGUUUCCAACUCCUGGCCCCGCGAGACUGAGAAGAGCCUGGAGAAGUUCAUCCGCUCUUCUCCUUACUUUAUGACUUUGGACUUCAUCCGCCACCUGGGAGAGAAUCUUCCUGACGUCCUUCCCGGCAUGCUCCCCACAUUAGUCCAAGAGGCACAGCAACUGUCAUAUUUCCAGAAGCAGGUCGGUCGUGUUGUUCGCCAAAUUGUGCACAAGUAUCCUCGCAUGAACAUCCUUGGCUUGACUGAUCCCGAGAUGGGCUUGACCGAGCACAUCAUGGCAGCACUCGAGGGAUCGUUCCUCAGUUACCGCAUUGGUGGUAAGCCUGAGGCAAAUCUCAAGGAACGCACGCCUCUUUUCGAAGGCAUUCGCAAGAAGAUCAUGGUUGAUGAGGUUGACCUCGAGGGUGAGGUCGAGUCCGCCGGCGGACCUUAUGACCUUGUGGUUCUCAACACGUCCAUCCUCGAGAACAAGAAGACUCAUUCCGCGCUACAACUUAUCAGGGACUCGAUGCGUCCUGGCGGCUUCCUUAUCGUCCUCCAUGCAUCUCGCACUCCGCUCAAGGACAGGAUGCUUCGUUGCGCUGGCCGUCCUUCGGCCCAUGAUGGCACCACCACGCCUCCCGAUUGGCCUGAUCUCAUUGAGGAGUGCGGCUUUGAGAAUACUGCAAGGAACUCGGACACGUGGUUCAAUCCUGGAUUCACGUUGAGUGUAAGACAGGCAAAAUCACGGAGGAAGAAGCAACUGCUCCGGCCUCUUCAUCAUGCCACCACGACUCCUCUGGUCGAGCAUGUUCUCAUCGUGGGCGGCAAGAAGGUCUGGACAUCUUGCAUCUCUUCCGGCGUUCUCCAGGAGCUUGCGUUGUUCUGUGAAAAGAUCACUGCUGUCGACUCCUUCGAGGAUAUUCAAAAUGACGAGUUGCUCUCAUCAUGCACCGCAGCCAUCAUCCUUGGCGAUAUUGAUCAGCCUAUUCUUGCCGAUAUGACCGCUGAGCGGAUGAACACCAUUCGGUCCUUGCUGCAUCCACAGAUGCUCAUCAUGUGGGUCACUCACAAUGCCAGGUUUACCAAUCCUGACCAUGCCGCCUCGCUUGGCUUUACCAGAACGGUUACUGGUGAAGUCCCUGGCUUGCACAUCCAAGUGCUCGAUCUCGACACCAUCGACACUCGACCAGCUGUUCGCGCCGUGUCUGAGACGUUUGCCCGGUUCAUUGUUCACUUUCUCGGAGAGAAAAACGAGGACGAUGAGCCCCUGUGGAUUCGCGAGCACGAGGUGCACCUUGAGCGUGGCCGCUUGAUCGUCCCUCGCGUUCUCCCUUGGAAGGAGGGCAAUCAGCGCGUCAAUGCGCCACGCCGCGUGGUGACUGAUACAGUCAAUACGCUGGAGGACGUUGUUGAGGUCUUCCGUUCAACCUCUGGUCGCUACGAAACUCGGGUUGAGAGGAGCAGCUUCUAUCCUUCGCUUGCCGAAUCGGCCAUGCAUGUGGACUACAGCACUGUUAACAUGUUCAAAGUUGGAGGCUUGUGCUCCGGUUAUGUCUCCAUUGGCCGCAACAACCAGACCGGCCAAGCUCAAGUUGCACUCUGCAAGUCGAACAAGUCCUACAUUUCGACUGCUUCCACGCUCUUCAGCACGCUCCCUGAGGGUACACUUGGCGUCUGUGAGCCACUCUACCUUGGCUUGCUGAGCAGGUAUCUUUAUGCUCUCACGGUCGCCAACUUGGCUGGUGGCAGGGCUGUCAUGAUCAUCGAACCCGACCGUUUACUCUUCGAGUGCGCCAAGGAUGUCUUUAGCAACCGCGGCAUCAUGUUCGUGGGUGCUUCUACUGAUGAGCGACGUAGCCAAACGGUUCCUGGUAUGACCUUUGUUCAUACCCAGUCGACUGCUAGACAAAUCGAGGCCCUUUAUCCCAUCGACGGAGCUUGCAUUGUCAACAUGCUGCCUAAGAGCCACGACAUCUCUCGCAUGCUAGUUGACUCGAUGCCCGAGAACUGCUUUUAUUUCACCCAAGGUGAUUUCGUCUCUGCUCACUUCACGGCCCGCCCCAUCGGAGAACUGACUCAGAAGCUCUGGGAAGAGGGGGUAGCCCUUUCCUACAACAGCAUGAAGAAGAUGCUAUUCGAUGUCAAGGAGCUUUCUCUCGACAUGCAGAAUCCCAUUGCCUUGCCCAAGUUGCUUGACUCUGCUGUUUCUGAAGAGGCUUUCCAGAUGCUCGACUGGAAGGCUGAGCGAUCUAUCGCUCACAUGGUCAAGCCUACUGUGGGUGAAAAGAUGCUUCGCGCCAACAGGACCUAUGUCCUUGUCGGCAUCACUCGCGAUAUGGGCCAGAGUCUCUGCUCCCUCUUCAUCGAGCAGGGUGCUCGUCACCUUGUCUUGUGCAGUCGUAAUCCUCCGAAGGAGCAGCCUCAGUGGCAGAAGGAGCUCAAUGCUCGCGGUAUCAAGGUCAAAUUUGAGGCGAUGGACGUGACCAACCUCAACACGGUUAUUGCCUUCAAGGCGAAGCUCGCCAAAGACGCCUGGCCGCCUGUCGGGGGCGUCGUCAACGGUGCCAUGGUUCUUGACGACCGUGUCUUCUCCGAGAUGUCAGUCGAGACGUGGAACCGUGUCAUGAACCCCAAGGUAGUUGGUUCCAAGAAUCUCGAUGAGGUCUUCAACUCUCCGGACAUGGAUUUCUUCAUCAUGACCUCGUCCUUUGCUGCCAUUGGUGGCCACGCCGGUCAGUCGAACUAUGCGGCUGCCAACAUGUUCAUGAACGGCAUCGCCGCUUCUCGUCGUUGCCGCGGACUGCCGGCCACGGCUCUCAACAUUGGUGUCGUUUACGGCCUGGGUUUCUUGCAUCGUGAGAAGGACGACUUGUACGCCGGCCUGGAGCGCGAGGGAUAUCCGCCUAUCUCGGAGCGGGAUCUUCACCAUAUGUUCCUUGAGGCCAUUGCUGCCGGCAAGCCUGUUGGUGACCAAGUCUACGACAUCACCACUGGUAUGAACCGGUUCCGCAUGGACGCGCCCAACCAGCACUGGCAGCUCGAUCCUCGUUUCUCUCACAACACCCUCCCUGUGGAGGACGAAACUGCCGCUGGCUCUGCCGGUCAGCAAAUCAAAUCACUUUCUGAGGAUCUUGAAGCUGCCACCACCAAAGAGGACGUGAUGAAGGUCUACAUCCCUGCCUUCAUCGGCCGCUUGGAGGCCCUCCUGCAGAUCGUCGAGGGUGAAAUCACGCCUGCCAACAGUGUGACCGAGCUUGGCGUCGACUCCCUUGUCGCGGUCGAGAUCCGCUCCUGGAUCUGGAAAAGUGUUGCCCAGGACGUGGCAGUCAUGAAGAUCCUUAGCGCCACCAGCAUUGCUCAGUUGUGCGAGGGCAUUGCCGCUGACCUUCUGGCCACCCGUGACGCUGCGGCCAAGAAGUCUGCUGCUACCGAGCAGAAAAAGGAGAUACCCACUGGCGCUUCCAAGACUUCGGAAGCCGACGGUAGUUUGCUCAAGUUGGCUCCGAGCACCACUCCCUCUUUGCAGGCUUCGAUCAGCACCUUGACUGAGUCCACUGUGGUUUCGAUCGUCAGCACUGCUACUGUGGUCUCCACCGCCAGCACUGCUACCAGCAUUGGUGAUGAUACUGAUGAGGAUAGGGCCCUAUCGGGUAGUUGGGAGGAUGUUGGGAAGAAGGAGUCGUCCAUCUUUCUUUAA